GCACCAUUCCUCAGCUUACUUGUUCAGACACGUUACCAAAACAUAGCUGAAGCUUCAAAUCUCUCAAAACUUUAAACUCUAAACUCUUCCAACAGAUUCGUCGCAAAUUUCCAACAAUCAUGUCCCUCGCAAACACUGCUCUUCUGCUUGGUGCCCUCACCGCCGGCGGAGGUAUCACAGGCUACAUUCGCACCGGCUCCGUUCCCUCGAUCGCCGCUGGCGUCACUGUCGGCCUUCUGUACAUCUUCGGCGGCCUGCGCAUCCAGAAUCGCAACCCCUACGGCGUUGAGCUCGCCCUACUUGCUUCGAUUGUCCUCGCUGGAAGUUCAAUUCCCCGCGCGAUCAAGUCUGGCAAGCCGCUGCCUAUUGGUUUGAGCAUCUUGGCUACGUUUGGGUUGUACACGUUUGGUACUGCGUUCCAGAGGGGAAGCGCACGGGUUUGAAGAAGGGGAUGGGAAUGGGAAGAUGGGGAGCAUGUACACUGCGUACUGUAGGAAUAUAACCUACGACAGUUGAGUAUGGGCGUUGCUAUUUGGAGGAGCGUGACGCCUAUUCGGCAGACCUAACGCACAGGAACCUUUGUAAUCUCAAGGGACGUUAUCAUGUUGCAGAUGACCUGCAGAUUGGCACUGAAGACCUCCCAAAACUUUGGACUUGUAUCCGGCAGUUUCCACUCAAG